AUGAGGGUCGGGUUUGAGGAACAGCGUAGCACACGAGGUCGCGAGUUGUCUCGCCCCGUCGUGUCGUGUCGUCGACCGUCACACGGCUGUAACACGUACUUGUCGUCGUGGCUUAGUUAUGGUGGCGACGACGAUGUACAUGGACUACGGGAGAGGGCGCUGCGCGGCGCCGGUUUCGAUAUCUGUCCGCCCCCCAGAGAGGUCACCGUCGACGGUGGCGUCCGGUGUCGAUCAGCACCGUUCCUGUCGUGCCUGGCAUCUUUAAAUUGGAGCGUGGCGGCCAAUGAACCCCCUGUCGGUUCUCUUCGUUCCUGCCCUCUAUGCGGCUGCACUCGUCAUACAUGUGGACUCUCGCCAGCUGCUUCGAACAUGGCAGACCAACAAUUCAUUUUCCGAGCGGUCGGUCGAUCGUCGUUCCUCACCGCGUUGUUGUCAUACCAUUCUGGCCCGUUGUUUACGUUUUCCUUGUCGUCGAAGUUCCGUUGUUGUUUCUGUUUACUUUGCGGUUUUGUAGUGUCAACAGAUUACAUACUGGCCUCACUGAAGCCUCGCGCUAAGUCCGCAUUGUUCGCCAUGCGACGUUGCUUGCUGUAUGAGGGCAAGUACCGCAUCAGAUGA